AUGGUGGGCGACCGCCUCCCGCCGACUCGGUGCUACGCGUCGCGUUCCCGCCGCGCUUCCGCCAUCGGCCGCGGGGACCUGCGCCCGCGCGACAGGGCGCCUCGGCGCCCGGGGUGUCGCGGCGGGCCCGGCCCGGCCGUGCCGCGGUGCCCGAGCGGUCGGCGAAGUCGGAGCUACCCUCGAGUCCCGCCGCUCUCUUGCAGGCGGUACGUGGCCGGAGGGCGGUGCAUGUCCGCGGCCAGGCUGGACGGGAAGGUGGCGGUGAUCACGGGCGCCAACACCGGCAUCGGGAAAGAGACCGCCAGGGAGCUCGCCCGGAGAGGUGCGAGGGUGAUUGUUGCCUGCAGAGACAUAGCAAAGGCAGAAGCUGCAGCAAGUGAAAUCCGAGCUGAGACAGAUAAUCAGGAAGUCAUCGUGAAAAAGCUGGACUUGGCUGAUACCAGGUCCAUCCGGGAGUUUGCUAACAGCUUUCUAGCAGAGGAGAAGGAGCUCCAUAUUCUCAUUAAUAAUGCUGGGGUAAUGUUAUGCCCUUACUCCAAGACAGCUGAUGGCUUUGAGAUGCACCUGGGAGUAAAUCAUCUUGGUCAUUUUCUUCUAACCUUCUUAUUGCUGGAGCGUCUGAAGCAGUCUGCACCUGCCCGGAUAGUGAACGUGUCCUCACUGGCUCAUCACGGAGGCCGAAUCCGCUUCCACGACCUCCAUGGUGAGAAGAGCUACAAUCGUGGCCUCGCCUACUGUCACAGCAAGUUGGCCAACGUCCUUUUCACCCGAGAGCUGGCAAGGCGGCUGCAAGGCACUAAAGUCACAGCAAACUCUCUCCAUCCUGGGUCUGUCCAUUCUGAGCUGGUCCGGCACUCGUUUGUAAUGACGUGGCUGUGGAGGAUAUUCUCAUUCUUCUUGAAGACUCCAUGGGAAGGAGCUCAGACCAGUGUGUACUGUGCAGUAGCAGAGGAGCUAGAAACUGUGACAGGACAAUAUUUCAGUGAUUGCCGGCCAGCAUAUGUAUCUCCAUGGGGUCGGGAUGAUGAGACAGCAAAGAAGCUCUGGAAUGUGAGCUGUGAGCUCCUCGGCAUCCAGUGGGACUGAGCAGCGCAGCCUCUUGCGUGUACCUGGCUGAGCACAGUGAUGCUACUCUUGGAAGAGCGUUGCUGCCAAGAAGGCUGGUACUUCAGCUGCCCUUGUGAUGGUUCUGUGGAUGCAGUCCAAUAUGAAUUUCUGGAACGUUACACUUAAGGAUUGAGAUUAAAAAGCAAAGCAUCCCCUUUUGUAGCUGGAGAGUAAGAGCACCAAUGCAGUGAGCAACCUUUGGUAGCUCACACAACAGCCAGAGGCUGUUGUCCUGUGGCUUUAGAAUAGAAAUGGAGGUUAUCAUCUUAGCUUUAGAUGACCUGUAUUAAAAGUUGAUCUUUGUGUUGUUGUUUUUUUUCCAUACCACUAAUAGUAAAAAGUUAGGACACUAAGCUCACGCUUUACAAGGUCAUUUUCUGUUCCUACUAUUUGACAGGGCAGAGUACAAGUAUUCAUGUUUCUGGCAAUUACACGUAAUAUAAAUGCUCACAAGCACACAGAAACAGGUGCUGGCCUAACUGGGAUCAAGCAUUAUUUUCCAUGUUCUCUGUAAGAACACCACCUCUAGCCCGUGAAGUAUCUUGCCCACUGGUUGCAGUAAGUUAACUGAAGGUUGGUUUUAUCUUUUGGGAACACAGCUGUCAGUGCAGCUGGCUGGAAGGUUAAAAGCUGCGGGAAUGGUGAAAUUGGGCAAUGGCUAGUUAUUUUAUUCAAAACAGUUAACAUCUCUGCUGUGAAACACUAAGAAAAGAUGGUGUAAAAGUUGUCCUAAUAAAAUCCCAGGCUGUACGUUAAGUGAUUUACAAA